AGUGCUCUGUGUCUCUGUGGAUUCCUCCCUUAUUAUCUUCCAGUGCUGGGGGUGGAGCCAGCGGCUGUAUUUACAUACUGUAUGUUUCCACUGCCAAGGAAACCAGCUGAGCUCCUCUUGUGCAAACACUCCCAAACGCACACACACACUCACACUCACACACUCACCAAACAGGAAGACCAUACCUGUUUGGUGCGAGUCAGCUUGGGACUGUCAGGUAAGGCAGACUUUAUUUAUGUUCUUUCUACGUCAGUGAAAACUUGACCAAGUUCUUUUUAAAAGCAUAGCUAAUUCAGAAAAUGUCAAUGAUAGAGUGAAUUUAUUAGUGUCUUUUGGUACUUUUUAAUUGGUUGACAGCGUGGUUUCAUAAUAGCGUGUGGAGUGAACAGGUAAGAUUGCAGAUGGUGACGUCAGGAAUGUCAUGGGAGACUGUGGCUUAUCAAUGAAACUGUACUUUAACAAAUAUUUUAGUAACAUAAAAUACAUUUUCACGGGAAAAAGUGACAGGAACUUCUACUGUACUGUUCCUAUUUUGGUACAGAAGAACUCCAAGAAGGCUUAAAGGUACAUGUGGGCGUCUCUUGAAGGAUUUGCUUUAAAUUUUAAAGAUGUUUUUAGAGAAUUCAAGGCUUGGUGUAUAUUUAUGAAAUAGUUCAUCACAAUGCCUAAGGAAUUUAGGGAGGGGAGCAGAGAAAAGAUAAUAGUGUUGCUGGUAUUUCGGUCAGAGACACAAAAGCACCUGCCAGACAAAAGACCUCCUUGAAGGUCUUGUGUGAUUAUAUUACCAGAAACCAACCAGUCUGGCAUUCACACGUCAUAUGACACAUUAUUAACUCUAACAUUAGAGUCAGUGGAUCUACCUCAAGUGUCUUUCUAACAGUCUUUUCUUGCCCACAGGGUUUCUUUGGGAAGAAGAGAUGAGUAGGGGACCAGCAUUCAGGCCUCUGGCACCUCUGUGAAGAGUUACUUUGGCAAAGACAUAUUUUGGAUUAUACCACUGAAAACUCAACCUAUCGGACGCCUCCAGAUCAACACGAAAUCAAAGGAAAGGAUCCAUUUUUAGAAAAGAAAAACCAUGGCUGCCUACAUGCCUCCUGUAUGACUUUGGAUUACAGAUACGAGGAUCUAGCACAAUGCUUUCUACCUGAAGCAGCCAGAAACUGUCAAAGAUGUUCACCCCAAGGAAAAGCAGUCUGCCCUCCCCCAGCUUGGAGGACUCCUUUUUCCCUCUCUCCUCAUCCUCCUCGGUGUCCCUUUCUUUCGGGCUCCCCUCAUCCACAUCCUGUUCUGGUAGCAGCGACAACGGAGGAGGGAUAGAGACAGAUCUGAUACUUGCUGCAGAGCUGGGGCAGGCAUUACUGGAGAAGAAUGAGGAGCUCGCAGCAACUCUGGAGCAGAGCGAGAGGGAGGUGGAGGUAAGGGUGAUGCUGCUUGAUGAAACCAUGCUUUUUCAUAACUGUGAAACUUCCUUACACCUCUGAAAAACACACAAAGGUGUGAAAAAAAGGAGCUCUCACAACUAUCUCACAAACAACCAAAUAAGGUUUGAGUUGUUUCCAGCCUGCAGGGCAAACACUGUAAAAGUGGCUAGACUUGUAAAACUGAAACUUAUAAUUCCCUUUCAAAUUUACAAUCAUUGCAAUCUUUUGGAAAAACCUGAAACAGAAGAGAAUUAACAGAGGUUUGUCACUACAACUGUUAUUUCAGGACAUAGCGUAAAGGAGCAGUUGUAGACUGCACACUUGGUUGCAUUAUUCACAGAGACCCAACAUAAACCUGUCAUGAGCAUGUCAACAUUUGGCAACAAUGGCCCAGAGCAAGACUCAAAAAUGGAAAGUCAUCUGCUGAGACUACAACUACAACUACAACUACAACUACAACACAAUGACUACAACAGAUAAUCAAGAUUCAUGGAUGCUUUGGCAAUGAUAACAUGCGUAAUACUGAUCAUACUUACAGUGAGUUUGAAGUCAAACAUGUCAAAUGUAAAUGUUAUCAAGCAAAAUUUUGUUAAUAUAUCAAAUAUUGAUGAUAAUAAAUAAUGAAGUCAAAGUCAAGCAGGUCCACAUAUCACAGAUGAAAAGGCCCAAGUAUGGUCAAAUAAAUGAUGGCUGAAUUCCUUAACAGGACCAGAGAUAGAUUAAAGAGACCCAUCACAAAGGCUCUGAAACCCUGUGCUUUGUAGUAGUUCUUCAACUUUAUGAAAUAAAGUAUUCCUACAAUAACACCCAGAUCGUUCAACAAAACAAACAUCCCAGAACUGAAAGCACUUCAUGCGAUGUUCUGUCAACUUUGGCUGACUUAUACCCCUAAAUAUUUACCAAGGUCAGCAAAAUGUUUUCUUCCUAAUACUGAUGGUACUAUGCUGUCGUUCAGUUUCUCACUUCUAUUUCCAGAAUUUUCAGAAGGUAUAAACCUUUUGUUUUUCUUUUGUGACUUAAUUCCAAAACUGGCUUGGUGCGUGAGUAAAGUACGAAACAAACAGAAACUUGAAGUUGAUCUAUUAGUUUGGGAAAAGUGGCACUUUAUGGCAGUAAAUGUAAGCAUUGAAGAUAAGAAUAUUUCCUCAAAUGUGAUUUAAAGAGCUUACAUUUGCAUAUUUCAUUGAACUGAUGACACUGCUAUAAUUUUAGAUAUUAUAUUUGACAAAACUUGAUAUCAACCUGGAAAAAAAGCCCAAGUACUAACUCUAGCACUCCAAAGUAUCCCUCUAGCCUCUACCCAUGAUUGGUAUGCUGUGCAGCGGGAUCCUUGGGCAUGUUGCUAAAUUUUAAGUUGCACCUGCAGGAAUAUCUGUUGUGUGAAUGUAUUAUGACUUGGAAGAAGUUUGUUUCCAUGUAAACAAACUUCUUCCAUUCCAUUAUCUGUGACACUUGCAGCACUAAAAUGAGUAAAGACAUACUGUGAAGCAGCAAAAAGGCCACCAAACUUGUGACUCAACACAGUGUGCAAAGCCACAAGAAUACAGCCUUACAAUUAUCUGUGCAUUUCAGAGAGUGGUAAGUUCAUGUUGCGUUCGCUGUCUCAGGCUCUACAGCAGGAGAAGCAUGUUCUACAGAGGAAACUGGAAAUGAACCAGCUGGACUUCGGGCAGAGGGAGGCGGAGCUGAAUGCAGAUUUAGCCACCUUGAGGACAGAGCUGGAGCGACAUCACAGCCAGGGGCGUGACCGGCGGAGGGAUGAGAGUGAACAGCUGACUCAGCUUGCCAAUCACAACCAACGCCUUGUGGAGCAGCUGUCAGAGGUUGGGAUAAAUACCGCCGCCAGACAAGCACCCCUACCUUGUGCUGAUAACACAUAGAAAAAAAGGGGGAAAUUAUGUCAUAGUGUUGCUAUAAUAAACGGAGUAUGUGCGUGCAUGUCAGUUAGUGUGUGUGUGUGGGAACUGUCUGCAUGUGUGUGGGUUGAAAAAUGCAGACAAGCAGGUUAAGGGAGUCAAACCUUUUUCACUCAUCGAACAAUGGAAGAGUCUCUUAACUCUUCUAUCUUCCUCCCAUCCAGGCUGUGACACUCGAACACACCUUGAGGACUGAGCUUCGUUCCCUCAGAGAAGAGAUGGAUGAAUCAUCUUUUAGCAGAAAUAUCAACUCCACACAGUUAGACAACAUACAAGGAGAGGUAUAUGCACCAUAUCAAAUCAAUACAAAAGAAAUUGCCUUUCUGCUAUGGUUGUUAUUGCAUCUUUAACCCUCCACUGGUGUUAGGGUCUGCACCGACCCGUUUUUGAUUUUAAAUGCUUUAAAGAACCACUUAAGUUUUUUGCAUCAAGACUUUUUGACUUUGUCAGGAACCUCUAUUUCAACAAAAUAAAAAUAAAAAAUUAAAUUGACUAAAUUAUAAAAUGCUCUUAUUAAAAUGAUGGCACUUGUCAUGUUAGGGUCACUGUUAGAUCAAUAUCUAAUAAUUAGAGCAAAAACUACAAUCAUAAGUGCACUGUCAUGCACCACACUGAGUCAGAUCCUCGUCCAAUCAUGUGAGAUUUAGGAAAUCCUAAUUUUUCCAUGUUUUUCCCUGCACAAAAAACAAUGUCAGGCAUGUCUAGACAUGUGAGAUCACUUCAGUAUAGAUGACUGUAUGAGGGGUAUACUGACAAAGAAAGGCCUAGAAGCCCUCAACAAAAAAUAUUAUAAGCAAUAUUUUCAUGGAUCCUGAAGCCUAACAAGGUAACCUAGAGAUGAGAACCAAACUGGAUGAUAGAGAAAUGUUUUUAGUGUAAUUUACAGCUGAUUUAAGACACGGGUCAAAACCGACCCUUAACGUAGCUUGUGCGUAUUAAAAGCAACACAGGAGGAAGGUUAAACAUACUACAUUAUAUAGCCUAUAUGCCUGCUACAAGUUACCUCACCAUGUGGGAGCAAGAAGAGCUCCCUUUGGGGAGUUUUAAGCCAGUUAUGAAACAGACUUGAUGCCGCUAUAUGACUUACAAAGGCAAACAAGGCCAUAGUCAACUACAUUGUUUACUUCUAUGCAAAUAUUCAAUGUCUGACACUGCUGCUGGAGGGAUAAGUGACUGUGAGUGGACACUGCAUAGAGAGCCUUUAAAUAUUUUCUGUUACAAAGAUUAACAGUAAGUGAUAUGAUUGGCUGUCAGAAUUAAGAAUUUUUUUGUUUAUUUGUCUUAUUUAAGAAAAAAAACCUGCUUACCUACAAGACAAAAAAUUACUGGGGAAAACCAAUGAAAACACAAGAUAACAUAUUGUCUAGAAUACAGAGCAGAAUAUAAAGUGGACAGACCGGGACAUAAGUGUUAGUAUAAGAAGGUGUUCAUAUCAACUUGUAAAUUUGUUCCAUUCAAACCUGAUAAAUGGUGAGUGUUUAUGUGUUCAGCAGAAGCUUUAUCCUACACUCAGAGCAUUCACUCACAAUUAAAGCAUAUAAAUUGAGUUUGCACUUUCUUCUUCCGCCUUUAUAUCACAACUUAAUCAAUGCUUCUUCCAAAUACAGAACAGAGUCUUGCUGGAGCGAUUGUCACACAUGGAGGCACAACUCAAAGCUUCCCAAGAGGACAGCGAUAGACGCCGAGUAGAGCGAGAGACACUGAGAGAGAGAGUGUCUGACCUACAAACCAAACUGCGUGAAAAAGAGACAGAGGUGAGGGUCAGUGACCGUGAAGUAGUUUACAUGAGCUAAGGUGCUGAGAGGUAGGGCCUGAGAGAGAUUGACGCUGCAGGAUACACAACUCACCACAAGUAGAGGUCACUAACACUGCUAACUUAUAAAUGCCAGUGUGUCUGUGCGAUUGUGUGCUUUUCUUACUUUAUGUGUGUUUGUGUGCCUAUGUAGAUAGAGCAGGAGCAAGGGGUGGUGUUUGAGUUACGAACCUUGAAUCGCUCUCUGCAGCAGAGGGCUCUGAACCUGGGAGAAGAGAGCAUCCUAGACAGUACAAACACACAGCCUUUGUCUCUGCUUAGUGAAAUUCAGCAAACACAGGUACACACACUUUCUCUCUCUCUCACACACACACACACACACACACACACACACACACACACACACACACACACAAACACACACACACACACACACACACACACACACACACACACACAGCAAUAAACUGCUCUGACAAAUAACUUUCUCAUGCAUGGUCUAAUUUUGACCCUUUACUGACAUUUGUCAGUGAUCUGUCUGACACUAAGACUAACUCUGACAUUUUUACUUCCUGUUGUAUCUUUUUUUUUCACACUGAUAUACACAAAUGAAAAGCAGGUUGACCUCAGUGGCUUUUCUCUCUUCUGUUUUGUCAUGUUCAUCUACUCUGCAAACCAGGCUACAGAGUAUCUUCUAACUCACUCAAACGUCCUGCAAGCAAAAGAUGACGAGAUCGAAUCACUCAAACAGCAGGUCAGUCUAAUCAUCCAAAUAAAUGAACAAUUAAAGAGUUCAUUUGGUAUUUGAGAAGAUCCAUUUAAGGAGGUUGAAAUAAGGAAGUGAAAAAAGCAAGCAUGUAGGAAACUCUGUGUUUGUCUUGAUUUUGUUGCCCCCUGUGGUAUCUCUUAAGUGAUUUUGUCCUAUUCAUGUCUGCGUAGUAAUUUAUUUACAUUUUUUAUGACAGAAAACUUCCUCUGCUUUCUUUUAACAUCCAAAUGUAUCACUCAUAAAGAAUCUUUACCAGGGAAACUGCAAAAACAGUUGAUGUAGCAGCAGCAGUUUCCCAGCGUUAAUGAUCAACUUUGUCGCUGGUGGUCUCUUGAGGGUCCCAAAGAGACACCAGCUUUAAUUCAGUAUGCUUUGUAAUUAGCAAAAUAUCCUUACAGCAGGUUUACCGAAGAAAACCAUACAAAUGUUCUGAUCAUUCUGGUAUUCAUGCUUUUCACUUUCACUCCCCCUCCCAGGUUCAAUCUCAACAAGAAGAGCUGGAGUCUCUAAAGGAGGAAAUCAAACCCUUUAAAGAUAGGCCUGAUAAACCAAACUACAGGUACUACUAUAUAACAGAACCACUACAGUAGAUAGUAUGAACCCACAGCAAUGCAAGUUCUAAUCAUCCUAUCGAUUUUUAGUUACUUAGAGGAAGAACUGGCCAUUGUGCGUCAGGAGAAGGAAACGCUAACUCAGCAGCUUCUCAACACCAUCAAACACAAGGUGGCACUGUCUCAAGAACUGGAUGCAUGGCAGGUGAGUCUUUGUUCAGGGAUUUCCAAGUGUUCAGCUGAAUAAUGUCCCAUUGUUUGACCAUGUGACCCUUCCACGUCACCCCAGGAGGACAUGCGGUUGGUGAUCAAUCAGCAGGUGCAGCAACAAGCAGAAGACAAACAGAAGGAAACCCAGCGUGAGAAAGAAAACACAGGAGGGCUCCAAAGAAGCAAGUCUCUGCGAGUGAGAGGAGAGGGAGGGAAAAGUUUCUUCUCCUUUUUCAGAGACAAAUGAUAGCGAGAGAUGUCAGCAGAGUAAAAGGACAGAGCGCUCGUUUCCAUCUUGGUUAUUAUAUUUGGGACUUAAACUGCAUAAUCCAGUUUCUGUCAUGUAAAUCAGCAAUGCAUAUAAAUGUUUACAGACCUCAUUUUUGAAUGUAUUUGUAAAUAAAUGUAAAAUACUGUUUGUUAGUAAUAUUAGUUACUUUUUUACUUGUAUAAAAAAUUCAAAGCCACCCACAAGUUUCUGUAUGUUCCAUCUGUUAAUAAUGUGUCACCAUAAUACAGUAUUGCAAAGCUGCAUUUUUUUUCAAACUUGUGUGUCUUGGUUACUCUGACUGGUCACACACAUUUAUGCUUUAAAACAAAGAUUUGUGUGAACACCGAUGCUUUGUGGAUAUGCAAUGUAUUGCAAGGAAAUAAAGGAUGGAAGCACA